AUGGACUGGCACUUUGGAACAGCUGCAGUGCUGCUCAUUUUUCUGGUGGUGGUAGAAAUUAACAGUGAAUUUCGAAUCCAGGUACGAGAUUAUAACACUAAAAAUGGCACCAUCAAGUGGCAUUCAAUCAGAAGGCAAAAACGUGAAUGGAUCAAGUUUGCUGCUGCCUGCCGUGAAGGUGAAGACAACUCUAAAAGGAACCCGAUAGCCAAAAUCCAUUCAGAUUGUGCUGCAAACCAGCAAGUUACAUACCACAUCUCUGGAGUAGGAAUUGAUCAACCACCUUUGGGAAUCUUUGUGAUUAAUCAAAAAACUGGUGAAAUCAACAUAACAUCCAUAGUUGAUCGAGAAGUCACCCCGUUUUUCAUUAUCUACUGCCGGGCCGUAAAUGCACAAGGCCAAGAUUUAGAGAGGGUUCUUGAGCUCAGAGUUAGGGUCUUGGAUAUAAAUGACAACCCUCCAGUGUUUUCUAUGUCUACUUUUCUAGGACAAAUAGAAGAGAAUUCUAAUGCAAAUACCCUGGUGAUGAAACUCAAUGCUACUGAUGCAGAUGAACCCAAUAAUUUGAACUCCAAAAUAGCCUUCAAGAUCAUAAGCCAGGAGCCUUCUGAUUCAUCCAUGUUCAUUAUCAACAGAUACACUGGCGAAAUUCGAACAAUGAAUAAUUUUCUAGACAGAGAGCUAUAUAGCCAAUAUUCUCUUGCUGUAAGAGGUUCAGACCGAGAUGGAGGAGCAGGUGGUUUGUCAGCAGACUGUGACUGCAGCAUUAAAAUCCUCGAUGUCAACGACAACAUCCCAUACAUGGAACACCCUUCAUAUUCCAUACAAAUUGAAGAAAAUGCUCUGUAUUCAGAUUUGCUCCAAAUUAGAGUCAUUGAUUUGGAUGAGGAGUUCUCAGCUAACUGGAUAGCAGUAAUUUUCUUUAUCUCUGGAAAUGAGGGAAAUUGGUUUGACAUAGAAAUGAAUGAAAGAACAAACGUGGGGAUUUUAAAGGUUAUUAAGCCCUUAGAUCAUGAAGCUAUGCAGAAUCUGCAACUUAGUAUCGGUGUUAGAAAUAAAGCUGAAUUUCAUCAGUCAAUUUUGUCUCAGUACAAGCUCACAGCUACUGCAGUCUCUGUGACUGUGUUAAAUGUAAUUGAAGGCCCAGUGUUCCGUCCAGGUUCAAAGACAUUCGGAGUAAAUAGUAACAUGGGACAAAAUUAUAAAGUGGGAGAAUUUACAGCUACUGACCAGGACACUGGUCAAACUUCAACAACUGUUAGAUAUGUAAUGGGAAAUAACCCAGCAAAUAUGCUCGCCGUUGACUCAAAGACAGGCAUAAUUACUUUGAGAAAUAAAGUUACCUGGGAUCAAUAUAAUAUGCUUAAUGGAAGAUAUGAAGGAACAAUUCUGUCUAUAGAUGAUGCUCUUCAAAGAACUUGUACUGGUACGGUUAUUGUGAACCUAGAAAAUGGUGGCUGGGCCACUCCUGAACUUACUACAAUAGUUACCCCUGUAUACGUAGGUGAAACUACUACUUUUAAAGGUUCUGAUAAUGACUUUAACAAUGAAGAUGGAGGAGGUGGAGGAGGUGGAGGAGGUGGAGGAGGUGGAGAAGGUGGAGACGGUUUUCCAAGGGAGCCUAUUGGAUUCGUGCCCCUUUUCCCAGAUAACGUACAUUUUGGUCCUGCUGGCAUUGGGCUACUCAUCAUGGGAUUCUUGGUGCUAGGAUUGGUCCCAUUUCUGUUGACCUAUCUUGAUUGUGGAGGUGCCCCUGGUGGGGGAGCCGGCUUUGAGCCUGUUCCUGAAUGUUCAGAUGGAGCAAUUCAGUCAUGGGCAGUAGAAGGACCACAGCCUCAGCUCACGGAUUUGACCGCUUUCCCUGUACCACUGGAUAAUGCAAAUGUGAUUGAAUGUAUUGACAAUUCAGGGGUUUACACAAAUGAGUAUGGCGGUAGAGAAAUGCAAGAUAUGGGAGGAGAAGAAAGAACAACAGGAUUUGAACUAACCGAUGCAGUUAAAACAUCAGGAGCACCUGACACAUGUCAAGAAUACUCUGGAACAUUCAGAAGAAAUUCUAUGAGGGAGUGUCGAGAAGGAGGUCUGAAUAUGGACUUCAUGGAAAGUUACUUCUGUCAGAAAGCAUAUGCUUACGCAGAUGAAGAAGAAGGACGACCAUCCAAUGACUGUUUGCUCAUAUAUGAUAUUGAAGGUGUAGGUUCCCCUGCUGGCUCUGUGGGUUGUUGUAGCUUCAUUGGAGAAGACUUUGAUGACAGCUUCUUGGAUACACUGGGGCCUAAAUUUAAGAAGUUGGCAGAUAUCAGCCUGGGGAAAAGUGUUGAACCAUAUCCAGACCUUGAUCCCUCAUGGCCACCUGAGAGCACUGACCCGAUUUACCCUCAGCAGGAAACAGAGCCCCUUGCUAGUGGACCCCCGCCCAUCUCCCCACGUUACGGCACUACCACAGUCAUUUCUGAGAGCACCUACCCCUCGGGACCUGGUGUACAGCAUCCUAUGCCUAUUCCUGAUCCUCUGGGCUAUGGUAAUGUCACUGUGACCGAGUCUUAUGCCACCUCUGGCACUCUGAAGCCCUCUGUCCACUUUCAUGAUAAUCGACAUGCCUCUAACGUGGUGGUGACAGAGAGGGUGGUCGGCCCAAUCUCUGGCGCCAAUUUGCAUGGAAUGUUAGAGAUGCCUGACUUGAGAGAUGGGUCCAACGUUAUAGUGACAGAAAGAGUAAUUGCACCAAGUUCAGGUCUCCCCACCACUUUGACCAUCCCUGAUCCUAGAGAGUCUUCAAAUGUGGUAGUGACAGAGAGAGUAAUCCGACCCACUUCUGGCAUGAUGGGCAGUUUGGGUAUGCACCCCGACCUGUCGAACGCCCACAAUGUGAUUGUGACCGAGAGGGUUGUCUCUGGCUCUGGCGUAACUGGAAUUAGUGGCCCAGCUGGGAUCAUUGGAGGCAGUGGCACAGUCGGCAGUGGCUUCGUUGGCAGUGAAGCUGGAAUCAGUGCCGGUGGUGCCGGGCUGAGCAGUCUGGGAGGAGGCGGGGGCCUGAGUAGCAGCAUGUUGGGCACAGUCAGCAGUGGCCACAUGAGGAGCUCCUCUGACCAUCACUUUAGCCAGACCCUUGGAUCUGCCUCUCCUACUACAGCCCGAAGUCGAAUCACAAAGUACAGUACAGUACAGUAUACUAAGUAGCCAGGA